GCUUGUUUCAGUUUUACGUCAUCGCAGCUGCAGCGGUGAUUUUACUGCACUGUUGCAAGUCGCCAAGUGGGCGUUUCACCGAUAUCAGCAGGGCAAGGUUUGAUGCCGUAACUUCCCUUGGAGCUGAGAUGCUGAAUCUGGGACUUUGGCUCAAAGUACUCAUUUCACAUAGUACCCUCUGAAGAGGACUCAACAAGCCAAAAUGUCUCUCCCAAGCACUCUUGCCCCGCUCCCUACCAUGCCUCCCAUGCAGCCCAUCGUGUCGCCGCACGUGGAACGCGCCCUCGCCGUCACCUUCAUUGUUCUCUACGGGCUUCUCUUUCUCUUCAUCUACAUCCAGCUGUUCUUGAUCCUAUACUACGGGCACAAGCGCUUCAGUUAUCAGACCGUGUUUCUCUUUCUGUGCCUGUUCUGGUCGGCACUAAGGACUACCCUCUUUUCCUUUUACAUCAUCAAUGCAUCUGAGGUGAAUAUGCUUGCAUUCAUUGUCUACUGGCUUCUGCUUGGGUUUCCUGUGUGUCUCCAGUUCACUAGUCUCUGCCUGCUUAUCUUAUAUUUUGCCCAGGUGAUAUUAAAAGUCCGAGUGCGGUUCGAUCCCGACCAGUACCGGCGCUACAAGUGGCGCCUUCGACUGGCCAUAAUCAUCCUGCCCCUGGUGUUUACCAUGAUCAACCUGGUCUCCGGGAUCCUGAUCCGGGAGCUCACGAGCCAGGAGGCCAAACACGACACCCUUACCACCAGGGUCAUCCUCAACGAGGGACUCUUCCUCCUUGCCGCCGUCUGGCUGUCCGUCUGCAUCUGGAAGAUAACGCACAUGACGUCAGCCAACGUGCUUCUCGAGGCAAGGGGGACGACAGUUGGUCAAGCCUGUGUUGCCUGUGUAGUUAUUAUCCUGCUGUAUGUCACCAGAACUGUGUACAAUGUCAUAGCCGUGUCCUGGGUCCAGUGCCCUUCAUUCGGAUACGACUGGAUCAACGUUUCAGAUCAGGCCGACCUAAUUCAGCUAAAAGGAAACCACUUUCUGGCAUUUGGCGUCGUCCUCUUUGUAUGGGAGUUCCUACCUACAUUCAUCCUCGUGGUUUUCUUUCGUGUCAAAAGAUUUGCUUCAACCGUGCAAAUUGUUCCGGAAGUGAAAUCCGGAAGCAAGACGCCAUCAAAAGCAUAUUUCUUUGACAAUCCAAACCGUUAUAAUAGUGAUGAUGAUCUGACCAGAACCGUUAGUACUACAGAUAUGAGGCAUAAUUCACUGAAUGACAUCCCAUCGUUGUUAAACACGCCGCAGAGUAUGCCUCAGGUUGGGUAUGGCGCCCUCUUUAAAAGCAGCAGUUAUUCAGGUCAACAUCAUCCGCUUCCUGGCACCACACCGCCCCUCUUAUUCUCUGGCAAUGCAUCAUUAUCAGGUGGCCAUAGUAGUCAGAUCUAUGACUGACACAGAAAGACACAUGUGGGACUGAAGUGAAGGGCUUGCGGGACACCACAAAGGUAUUUUGGACAAUGUUAGGAGAUAUGUAUCUAUGCUAAUUUAUGACAUUUGAAUAUUUUUGAUGAUGUAAUAUGAAACUAUUUAUGAACAAAAUAUGACAUAUCAUUGGCUCCACAGUACAAUACAACUGAAGUGUAAAUUAAAUGAUGAAUUGAAUUGAAUGUAAAUUUAGAAUUUGGAAUUUGAACACAAAUGAAACAUCGUCUGUAAAUUUGCCAAGAUGAUGUGUUCAUUAGAUGUAAUGAUAAUUUUCCAUCUGUCUUGUAGAAAGCCAAUAUUUAUCCAUUCCUAAGUUUAUUUUCAUGUUUUUUUGUGUAUCAACUGGUAAUAUUUUAUUUGAGAAAAUUUUCAGCACUUAAAUGUGAAUAAAACACUGGAAUCUGAUAAUCAGAAUUUUUGAACGACACCUGAAGGGACUUUCAUAAUUGGUCAUGGACCGUUGAGACAAUCUGGUUAUAAUUUAUCUUUUGUAUAUGAUCGCAAGUCGCUAAUAAUCGCACAACCAAUUGUGAAAAUCCCUUUCCCAUUUGCACUGGCAAAAUCACAGUGAUAUUAAGCCUAGCUUCUAGUUGGACACCCAAAAUACAUUGUGCAUUUUCACUUCCAUAUUGAUUUAUCAUAUUGUUUGUCUUAAUAUCGUUGUUUAAUUUUUGUGUUGAUAAUUCUGUUGCCAAAGAGUAAAUUACUGUUUAUUAAUGUGUGUAAUCAGACUUCAAAAGUCAAUAAAUUAUAUUCUAAAUCUUUGAGAUUGCUGCAUAUAAUAAAGCAAAUAAAAUGAUUGUGCAUUAUUGCUGCUUGUUAAUCGAAUAGCGGCUGGGGGUCCUGUUGCAUGAAGCUUUGUGAUCAAUUGUGGGGCUGAUUUAUGCAAUUGAUCAUGCACAAUCAAUCAUAGAAAUCACCUCUGCAAUCGAUUGCUCAUCUCUAUGUUACAGGACCCAGGUCAUUAGGGAGUUUUCGCUCUGUGACAUAUGGAGUAUUCAAGAACACAGUGAAUGUAUUGAAAAUGCCCGUCAAAUGACAAAGAACAGCUGAGAGGUCUUUGUCGAAAAUUGGUGAAAUGGGAGAGCAGUUUCGUCCUAAGAUUUUGGGCUGACAAAAAAAUAGCAAAUAUCAUUUUUCCAGAGUAAAAGACUGAACUGCUGUUACGAUUCACCAAUUAUCGACAAAGACUUGGUUGUUCUUUGUCAUGAAGGGCAUUUUACAAUACAUUUUCUAUGUUCUUGAAUCCUCUGCACGUUGCUGUGCGAAAACUCCCUGUUGAUGGUAGAAGUACCAUCUGAACAAUUUCAUGCUUUGGUUACACCAAUGAAACUGACUCCAAGCAGACAGAUGUUAUACAUUGGUAAUAAUAUAAUAGCUUUGUUGGAACUUGAGCCAGUUUCGUUGAUGUGACUGGGUCACAAUGUCAUGCUGCCUUGUGGAGGAUAGUUAGGAGCUUUAGGCCUAUAUUCUGAAGUCAGGUUUAACUGAGACCAUGGUCUAACUCUGUGCUAAACUAAUUAUGGGAAGCCAAACAAAUAAAAAAAUUUUUUAUAUUUAUGCUUCUAACAUGUCUAAUGAUCAUUAUGCCCUUUCCUAAUUCCUUAAUAGUAAGGGCAACUAUCUUAUUUAUCCUUCCCAGACAGUUAAGAAUGAUGUAAGAGUCAAAUGAUUCAUUGAACCUCUACUGUUAGAGAUUUAUGUCACAAUUGGCUGUCCAUAGUUAAACCACAACUUUAGACCAGAGUGUAAAUCCAACCCGACUUCAGAAUAUGGGCCAUGGAGUUCUUAUCUGUAAAGUCUGGUUUAACUGAGGCCAUGGUGGUCUAACUCCAGGUUAAGAUUAUGGGAAGCCAAGCAUUCAAAAUUGCAUUUGCAUUAUAAUGUUUUCCAUCUUUACCUGGCUCUUUUCUCUCGUUUUAAUGAUGAAGAGGUCUAUAUCAGCAAUUAUUCCCAGUCAGUCAAUAAUAAUUUGAGUGUCAAAUGAGCAAACAACUUGAAGUUGUACUGUUAGAGAUACCUGUCACAACUGGCUAUCCAUAGUUAAACCAGAACUUUAGACCAAAGUUUAAUUAAACCGGAGUUCAGAAUAUAGACCAGAGUCUUCUAAUUUUGAGGAAAUCAGCCUAACUGAGCAUGAUAAGGAGAAAUGCAGCAUGAAGGGAGAGAAGAUUCUCCAUGAUGAGCUAGGUUGUGGAAUCUAAAGCUCCAUAAUUAUAUAUUGAAAAUAUAACAUGAUGGAGAAUUAGAUUGGAACAAUAAGCAUUAAGUAGAGAGGAGUGCUGUUACGCGAGAAUAAAAUUUCAACAAUGAGCGCUGUUAUGUAACUCAGAUUAAUGGUAUUAUGGAAGAAUUCAAUUAUAUUAAGGUUUUAUUCAGAGUCAUGUCAUUUAUCUUUACAAAAAUAACGUGAAAGGUUUGUCACAAUGCCACACCGAGAGGGUUGAUUUUAUCAGAGCAUUUCAACAUGAACUUUGGUAAAACUUAUCUGUGCGUUGAAUUUAAAAAUGUUUUAUUUUCCAACUGAAAUUGUUCCACUGAAUUAAACAUCUGAAGGUUAACUAUAAAAUUCAAAUUUCCACAAUUAAAAAUAUAAAUAUAUACAAAUCAUUGAUAUUACGAAGAUAUAUUACAUGUGGAGGGGUCAAAGAAAGUACAACUGCUUGUAUAAAUUGGCCCCAUUAAAAAAUAAUUAUGUAGUGUAAGUCAAGUAAAAGGUGGAUUAAUUGAGGUUUAAUUAUGACUGUUUUCGGAAAACCCUGUCGUGUGCCAAAAUAGAGUGUUUUGUUGUGGCAUUGAUUGCAGUGUGAUCAGAAAACUCAAUAUUAUGCUUAAAUCACUGACUACCCUGCAUACAUAUCAUGAAAGCUUGUCUACCACCCCCCCCCCCCUGCAAUGUAUCCUUGUACUUUUACAGACAUGUGUUAUUAUACUAAAAGUUAGUAAUCAGAUAUUAUACUUUUGGAAUGGAUACUAUCUGAUAUAUUUUUUUCUGUACAGCUCAUCGCAUUUCAGAUUGAUGUUUAUUUGUUGUGAUUUGAGUGCAGUCCAGAGUAAUAUAUGACAGAAAUUUGUUGCAAUGUCAUGAAUAUAUUCUAGAUUCUGAACAUUCCAGAGCAUGGGAAUUAGACAAGAUCGGUAUAUUCCAUUUACUGACCAACUAUGUCCCAUUCCCCUGUGUGGUGUGCAUAAUUUGAUAGCAAAACAUUAGCGUUCAUUUGUAACCAUUUUUUUUUAUUUAAGUGGUCCUGUCAUGUAAAUGAUACAGAUGAAAUUUCAUAUCAAUAUAAGACAUUGGAUCUCAUUUAUAGGGGUAUAUCUUGAUUCAGUGAUUGGUAUCAUAAUAGAAAGCUUCUUGAGUUUAGAAACAUGCCAAUGUGAAUAUUGGGAAUGUGAUAUGAUACAAGGUCCCUCUAUUAAAGUGGAGUUGUAUUAUUUGGUCUCUUGGGAAUGUUUUUCAAAGAGUAACUUACAUUCCUAAAUUCCUGCAAUAUAUGCUGUGUUCCUGUAUUAAUCAAACCAUGCUUGAAAGAAACAUGCUAUUGGAGAGUCUAGGUGUUGUGGUCUAGUGAAUAAGCAUGAGUGUGUUGUGGCGAUGCAGCGCAUUCGAGGGUAUUUGUAUGUUAUUGCAAAUACCCAGGAUGCCUGCAUUGUUAGUAACAUCACGAAUUUGAAAAUGUGCAUUAUUUGUUUUAUACAAUGGGUCGGCAGUAUAAAUUUGUAUUGGAAAGGUUCAAAUCCCUUCAAAUUUUUGAGGGAAUGCACAGAUGAAGAGGUCACACCCGUACCUGCUUUCUAUUAUGACAUCACAGACGUAUCUAGUAUGCGCUUUGAAGUAAGCGCUGGAACCAAUAGCCUUUCCACUGAAAGAACGCUUAUUUCAGAUAAUUUUUACGCGCUAUUGGUAAAAUGAUGCACCCAAAAUGCACAGUGCUGCACAAAAAUGCACGGCUGGGAGGAUGCAUAGAAUUAAAGCAUAAAAAAAAAUGCAACCGCACUCACUAUUUGCUACAUCCUUGAACCCAUUUUACAAAUUCAAAUGAUUUAUGGUAGCAAAUAAAUGUUGAUUUUGCAUUUUACCAAUAAUGUACCCAAUUGGGAAUAAGGUUCUGCCAUAUCUGAAUGAAUUGAAAAAAAAUCACAUUCAUGCAGUCUCAAUUCAUCAUCUUACACAUUGAGGUAGAUUUGUUAAAUUCUCCCAAGUACAAAACACUGAUUUUCCUAACACUUAGAGGGAUCUAUUAUACAUCUAUGAUAUUCUAUAAAGAGCAACUAGGUCAUUCAAGAAUUAGCGGGAGAGACCCGGGGGGCCACUUACAUUGACGAGUGGAUACCAUGCGCCACCAAAAAAACACGUAAUAAGGAUGUCUUUUUCAAGAUAGGGCACGUUACGUACAUAACGUGAUAAGGGUGUCAAAAACACAAAAAUAUUGAAAAAGGGUAUCUAUUUCGCUCGGAAGAUAUACGUGUUUAGGGUCAAAUAUGCGGGGAUGAUAAAACAAAAUCAAAAUGUUUUAUAAAGGAUGUCCUUUUUGCCCCAACACUACGUGUUUAGAGUCCGAUUUGCGCGAGGUGUGGAAGGUGGGGCCGUACUAAACCAAAAUAAUGGGGUCUAAAGGUAAAACCGACGGACGCGUGACAUAACAAUAAAAUAUCUCUGUACUUGUUUAGGGGUUCAUUUCAGGGAAUACUUGCUAAGAGUAUCGUUUUGUUUCCAAUACUUGUUAAGGGGUGCAUUUUCAGAAUAUGGAAAAUAUAUCGCUGUACUUGUUUAGGGGCUCAGUUCUGGGAAUACUUGCCAAUAGUAUUUGUUUCCAAUACUUGUUAAGGGUAUAGGGUUUCACACGCCAAUACUUGUUACGGGGUGCGUUUUAAGAAUAUGGAAAAAACAUGUUUAAGGUGCUUUUCAAGACCCCGUGGUCGCGCAUAGUAUCCACUCGUCAAUGGAAGUCAAGUGCCCCCCCCCCCCUGGGGGGAGAGAGCAAGGCAGAAUAGUGGAAACGGGCAUUUCCAUGAAGUACAUUUAGGUACAUCCAACCCCUAUAGGUGGGACUUUCCUGAAAUGAUCCAUCUCCAACAUUGUGCUUUAUAAGAUAAGGGGGGUGUUACAUAAAGAGAUACACUUGCAUUUACAAUCAAUUGUAACUUUUUGUACAUUGUUUGCCAUAGACCUACAUGUACAGUUACGCUUAAUUUAUCAAUCGAUUUUAUCUUUUGUGCCAUACGACCAUUGUGUAAUGCUCUCAACUUAUCAUAGCUUGAGUAGUUUGUGAAGUGAAGUAAAAAUGGGGGUUGGAGGUAAAUAAAGAUUGUUUUAUGGAAUUGCCCAAAUGUUAUUUGUGCAAUAGGAAAGAGUACGGGUAUGGCGAUGUAGAGUAGACAUUAGAAGAAAGAAAAAAUUUGGGAUUAUAUCAAUAUUUUAGGCCUAUGUCUGACCAUAUUUUCCUGAAUCCACAGAGGUGCAUAGAAAACUUGGUUUGAAACCAUGGUUUAUGCUGAUUUUAUGUAGUAAUUUUGAUUUUACACAUAUAUUGAGAUGUCCAAUACAUGUCACGAAAUCCGGGCACUAAAUCAACACACGUUAAUAUGACUGAUAUGAUGAACCACAGAUUUGAAUUAAUAGGACUAAAUGUUGAUUUUAAAUUAAUUAACUGUUGACUUGAAGUAGCAUCCGGUGCCCUGUGACAAAAGCAUGCAAUUUGUUAUUGAACCUUUUCUCAAUAUUUCACCAAAAUUUACCUGUAAGUAAUGUGUAAUGUAUAAACCAUGGCUUUGCAUCAUGGAUUACAAAAUGCCUUUGUGAAUUUGGACCAUCAGACAGUUCAUUGGAGAAAACACACAAGUAUUCCUUUCUUUUUCUCGAUGUUAUGGUAAAUUCUAAAAGGUGUGUACUAUUGAAGAAAAAAGUUAGAAAUAGCUUGAUAUAAUUUUAAAAUUUUUGUGUUUAUCCAUCAUACAAUUCAGAGGGUGGUCAAAAAUUAGAAUGAGAGAGUUUUUAGGAUUUGAAUUCAAUUAACUGCCAUAGCCAACAGGAAAGGGAGUGUACAAGUAAUGGAUCGAUUCAAAAUACUGUUGUAUUUGACAUAUUAAAUUUGUCUAUAAAACCUAAUAAAUAAUAUUGACUAUCAGCAUUCUUAUCCUUUUCAGUUCAAUAUAAUCAGCAUUCCUAUCCUUGUCAGUUCAAUAUAUUCUAUAUGGAUUACUUUAUUACCUUAAUUAUGACGAUGUGGUCAUAAAUGAGAUAUAGCAAAUUUUGCUAAUAUACCAGGGGCUGGUUUCACUAAGACUAACCACUGAUUGUGAUUGGCUGUUGAGCCCUGUUACCAUGGUAGGUGCCAAUAUGGCAAAGUUACAACUGUCUUUUAUGAAAUGGGCCCUAGAUCUUUGAUUAAUUUGUAUUCCAGCUGCUAUAAAUAUUUUAUUUUUCCUACAUUUUUUAGUGAACAGCAUUACCAUGCAAAUACUUAAUGUAUACUGAUCUUUUUGUAUUCCUUUUUGUGUACAUCUCAGAUUUAUUUAUAUAUUAUUUUUUGUAGACAUUUUUCCUAAAACCAAAUGAAAUACCAGUCAAAAUUUGUUAUUGUUGAAAGUACUAUGAGAAAAAUGUUAAAGAUUUUAAUUUUGUCUUGCAUAAAGUUUAAGAUAAUAAUAAAUUGUAUUUAAAUUGUAUUUAAAUUAAUGUCCUUGAACUUGGGACUAAAUUGUUGAAAUUGAAUAAAGUAUGGCAAUUAUCCAUAGACCUUAUGCAUGUGACGUCAUAAUGUCAUAGCGCCCUCCCUCAGAGGAUAUAGGAAUACAUGUAAACCUAGUUGUCAGAGAUGUGCCAGCUGCAGAGCACCAAUGCAAUGGCUUCAGCCUCUAAGAUGGCGACGCAAUGACUUCAGUGCAUAAGGUCUAUUAUUUGAUCUAACGUGAGAAUGACUGUUUUCAUUGUCAUAAUUUUUUUUUUUUUUUCAUCAAUGGAGAUGAUUAUAUAUAUUUAUGUGUGUCACCACCUGCUCAUGUAAUAUUGGAUAGUUUGUUUAUGCCUUGUUUUUGUAUUUUGUUGUGUACUGAAAUGAAAGAAUUGUUUUUAUAUUUUGAUCGAUUGACCGAUUUUUGCGCUUGUAUACCAGAGUAUUGAACUGAAUAAAACCAUGAUAUGCACAGAAAUAACUUUUAAAAA